AUGCCGUGUGCGUGGCAGAACUUAGCUUUUUUGGCUAAAAUAUACUAUGAGUUACCUGAAUACAAAAACGUGAUUACGUCUAUGUUCAGAUCGACUUAUUCUAAAGGUAUCGGGCAAUUAUUGGAUUCAAUCAAUGAUUUUCAAAUGUGUAAUUAUCUUGUUGAACUCUUGAGCAACGUAUUCACAAGGAAGUCGACCAAUAAGACUGGGGUUGUGAUGCCUCCCAACUUGUGGGAUGAUGAAGAGAAGAAUGCGUUGCUUUUUAAUAAUCCGGACUACCCAUAUCGUGGGAAACAUGGUGAUGCCAGUGUGGUGAAUUUUAUUUGGAAAAGGUUUGGGCCUUUUUUCACAAACCUUGUUAAGGCAACUUGUGUGAAGUACACUUUAGCUAAUGGUAGAUCAAAGCCUUUAUCAAAAUCUCCGUGGUGUUCUAUUCAGGUGCUUAACAACAAAAUAUAUAUUUGGGAUGGAGAGGGACUCUUCAUACAGUUUGAUAUCACUGGAGUUGAAGUGAUCAAGGAUCUAAAGGAGCAGAUUAGGAUUAAAUUGCUGAAGCCAUUUUUAGAGGUAGUCACUUCACCACACGUCACUUUUCUGAAUAGCUUAGGGAAUGUUAAAUCUUUUCGGUUGGAGUUUGAUUCGACGGCUAAUAGUGAGACGUUUAUGAAUGCCACCAAGAUCCCUAAAAUCAGUGAAGUACAGAACUUUAUUGCAUUGAAGUUCCCAUCAUCAUUCGAAGAUGAAAUUCUUGACUCCUCUAUGCCUCUACCCGAUGAUCACCAACCGUUAUCUGAUAAUUUAGGGCUAAACUUAGGUGACGAGCCCGUUGUAUCUCACAAUAUUGGCGAAGAGGAUAUCCCAAGACAACAACUGUCAACUACCCAGAGAAGUGGCAAGAAUCCUUUAGCAACUCCAGAUCAAACAGUUGACAAAGGUAUUGCUCAGGAUUUAGAGGAUGAAUGGGACCUCAGGCAAAGUAGCUUGGCAACAGCUAAGCUUGAUAUCCAUUCUCUCAAGACUCCAACCUCGAAAGAGGUUGAGAUUGUCGAGGAUGAGCAAUCUCCUUUGGUUAUGGCCCAAAAAAGAAGGCUUGCAAGAGCUACCUCACGGACAUUGGAGGCUUUGAAACAAGAGUUUGGAGUUGAAAAUAUUAAUUCUUCAUCUCAAUCGUCUGAUGAAGGGACCAGUCAACAUGAGCUCUCCGAGAGCAGCUUAUCUUCAUUAGAAAUAGAGAAAUUUGAGUCCAGAAAGCGUACCGCCGCCCAAAAGGCGGCUAAACGGGUUACUGCAGCCCUCCAGAAUACAAAGGCAGCUUCGAGAUCAUCCAAUACUAAUAAAGACAACGAAAGAUCCGCGGCCAACAGCAACGCCAAGGCGAAAAAUAAAGCUACGUCAGCGGUAAAGGGAGACAUGGGCCUGGCAGCUUUGGACGAUAUAUUUGCCAUCCCAUCUAUCAAACCGAAGAAGCAACAGAAACUGAAUAAUUACAAAGAAGUUGUGUACGUUCCUUCAAGGGACCCUACCAAUGAUAAAGGAAUCACCAAGAAGAGUAGAGUCAAGAAGAAACAAACAGCGUUGCCGGUGAAACGCAAACAUGACGAUGGCGAUGAUGCCACCGGCAAAGAUUCUAAAGCAGUGCAACGACAAUCAUUCCGGGAGUUAACCGCGGACACUGAUAUGACAGUGCAAAACAAGCAGGUAUCCGUUACCCCAGCUCAAGAGCAAAAGGACCUGCAGACACCUAAAACACCAGAAAAGGUAAACAAGACACGCUAUAAGAGGAAACGAGUUAUAGCAAAAGGAACAGCCUUUAACCUUGAAUUACCUUCCCCACCACCCUUACCGCUGACCGAAAAAAGCGACACCACUACAUCCAACAACCUCCAACAACCCUCCAGGAAUACAUCGAUGACAUCUAUAGAACCUUUAGCACCUGGAAACCUAACAAUCAAAAAUGAGCUUACAGAAUCUACAACCCUUGCAAAUACCUCUGCUACCUCUCUAGCCUUUUCCUACACAAACAAAUUACAAGAGCAGAUAUUCAGCUCCAUCUCCUCAUUCUCUAACGACUUAGUAAAAAAAAUAUCCAUAAUCAACGAGGAAAUGGACAACAAAAUCGUCCGCCAGUUCUCAGAAAAGUACCAGAAACUCUUCCACGACUUGCAGGUUAGCUUUCAACAUGAUGUCAAUAAUAUGUCCUGUUUCGUUAGCGAGUUCAAGGAUUUGCUACACCUCCCCGAAGAAGAACUAAUCAAAAUCAUCAGAAAUAAAAAGUUCACAUAG